UCAAAAUUGUCAAGUCAAUCGCUGCGGGAAUGGAAAAUGGAAGUGUAUUGUGUUGUUUUUCUUUGUAUUGUUAUUUUACUGAAAAACUGAUCAAUUUAGGAAAAUAAAAGACAGUUACUUAUCAAUAAUACAGUAAUGGAUGUCGUGAAACUUUUAAAAAACUAUUUGUAUGACGAAAAAGCAGAAAUGUUUGCUUUAGAGACAUGGACCUCCGACUGGUCAGACAGUUUCCAAGAAAAUCAGCUAAUGUGGUCGAUAUGCGGCUGUAUCCUGAUAUCUCUGCUGCUGGCAUUUGUCAUCUACUACAAAAGGUGGAAAGCGAAAGCCGUCCUCCACAUUCUAGCGGACCAGCUCAUCAGCUCGGCCGGUCUCGGCGCCGGCGGGGAGAACAAGCGGUUCCGCAAGCGGGACAAGAUGCUGUUCUACGGACGCCGCAUGCUGAGGAAGGUCAAAUCCAUCUCCAACUCCGGGCAGGGGCGGAAGCGCCGCGCCGUCAUGCGGUUCGCGAGGAAGCUGCUGCAGCUCAAGAAGGAGUCGGCGCCUGAGCAGCUGAAGGUGCUGGAGCCGCCGGCGGAGUACCUGCAGGAGGACCUGACGAGCGACGAGCGCGUGCCGCCCGACGCGCUGUACAUGCUGCACAGCAUCCGAGUGUUCGGACACUUUGAGAAGCCCGUGUUCCUGAUGCUGUGCAAGCACACGGAGAUACUGAAUUUGCCGGCCGGAUCGUAUCUGUUUAAAGUUGGCGACUCCGACGAGAAUGUCUACGUGGUGCAGACCGGCCGCGUCAACGUGUACAUCACGAACCCGGACGGAAGCAGUCUGUCCCUGAAGGUGGUGAAGGCCGGCGAGAGCGUCACCUCGCUGCUCAGCUUUACUGAUGUACUCACGGGAAACUCUCAACCGUACAAAACUGUGAAUGCCAAGGCGCUGGAAGACUCGCAAGUGAUAAAGCUACCGAUGAGAGCUUUCCAGGAAGUCUUCAAAGAAUACCCGGAUAUAUUCGUCAGAGUUAUACAGAUCAUCAUGGUGCGACUACAACGAGUCACGUUCACUGCGCUACACCAGUACCUCGGCCUGAGCGCAGAACUCGUCAACCCGGGUCGCGAGCGGCGGCGGCCCGGCAACAUCGGCCUGUCUCCGUCUAAAGCGCGGACCUGCGACGCGUCGACCUCCAUGCACUCUCCACAUCAUACUGAGAGGACUGUGCCGGAGCAGGCGUCGGAAAGCGCGUCGCCCGCGCACGCGCCGCGCCCGCCCCGCCCGGACAUGGUGCCCGAUAUAGCGGCCACUGGAAGCACUACGCAGCAACCGGACGUACAGCCGACGUCGUCGUUCCAGAGGAAGGAGGGAUCGUUCAAGAGACACAACCAAAAUGAGAACUUGGAUGAACAGGCUCUAAUCCAGAUAGCGACAGAAGCGUUCAUCAAGGAGCUAGGUCUAGAAGACGACAAGCUGCUGAAGGGAGUCGUGCAGGUGCGCGACCUGCCCGCCGGGACUUAUAUCAUGAAGGAGGAGAGCCAUAAGGAUGUUGCGCUAGUGUACUUACUGUCUGGCGCUCUGGUGGUCUCCCAGAGGGUGGCUGAGGGCGAGGGUGAAGUGCACAUGUUCACUGCCUACCCAGGCGAAGUCGAAGGCGGUCUCGCCGUCCUAACCGGGGAGCCCAGCUUCUUCUCCAUCAGAGCGAAGCACUUCUCCCGCAUAGGGCUCCUCUCCAAGACCGCCGUAUACAGCAUGAUGCGCGAGCGGCCGAGCGUGGUGCUGCACAUAGCGAACACCGUGGUGCGGAGACUGUCGCCGUUUGUGCGCCAGGUGGACUUUGCGCUGGACUGGGUAUUCCUAGAAUCUGGUCGCGCGGUAUACCGACAAGACGAGGAGGCGGGCUCCACGCUGAUCGUGCUGAGCGGCCGCCUGCGCUCCGUCAUCACGCACCCCAACGGCAAGAAGGAGCUGCUCGCCGAGUACGGCAAGGGCGACCUCGUGGGCAUCGUGGAGAUGGUGACACAAACCCGGCGCAGCACCACAGUGAUGGCGGUGCGAGACUCGGAGCUGGCCAAGCUGCCCGAGGGACUGUUCAACGCCAUCAAACUGCGCUUCCCCGUCGUUGUGACCAGAUUGAUUAAUUUGUUGGGCCAUAGGAUCCUUGGUUCCUGGCAGAAGCCCACCGUAGGGCUCGGCACAGCGACCCUCGAGGCGCGCUCGACACAGCACAACUUCUCCACAGUGGCGGUGGUGCCGGUCGGUGAAGAUGUUCCACUGACUGCGUUCACUUAUGAGCUGUACCACUCGCUGUGUGCUAUUGGCCCGACGGUCCGCCUCACCUCUGACGUGAUCCGCAAGCUGCUGGGGCUCACCAUCAUGGACCCCAACAACGAGUACCGGCUCAGCUCCUGGCUGGCGCAGCAGGAGGACAAGCACAAGGUGGCUCUGUACCAGUGCGAUCCGAGUCUGACGCACUGGACGCAGCGCUGUAUUCGACAAGCCGACUGCAUACUGCUCGUGGCGCUGGGCGACAAACAACCCAGUAUUGGCAAGAUAGAAAAAGAAAUCGAGCGCCUCGCCAUCCGCACGCAAAAGGAACUAGUGCUACUCCACCGCGCCAACGGGCCUGCCCCUUCAGGCACCGUGCACUGGCUCAACAUGAGGUCCUGGGUGUCCCAGCACCACCACGUGCGCUGCCCCACGCGCAUGUUCACCAGGAAGACUAGCUACAGGAUCAGCGAGCUCUACAGCAAAGUCCUGAUGUCAGAACCCUCGGUCCAUUCAGACUUCUCCCGGCUGGCGCGCUGGCUGGCCGGCACCAGCGUGGGGCUGGUGCUGGGCGGCGGCGGCGCGAGGGGCGCCGCACACGUCGGCAUGUUGAAGGCUGUUCAGGAAGCCGGUAUCCCCAUAGAUAUGGUGGGCGGCGUCAGCAUCGGGGCCUUCAUGGGCGCGCUGUGGUGCAUGGACCGCAACAUCACUACUGUCACGCAGAAGGCUAGGGAGUGGUCGCAGAAAAUGACGCAAUGGGGCAAGCAGCUUCUAGACCUCACGUACCCGGCCACGUCCAUGUUCUCCGGACGCCACUUCAACGCCACCAUCCGGGGCACGUUCGCGGACGUCCACAUCGAGGACCUGUGGAUCCCGUACUUCACCGUCACCACGGACAUUACCGAGAGCUGCAUGAGGGUGCAUCGGCAUGGUUCCCUCUGGCGUUACAUUCGCGCGUCGAUGUCGCUCAGCGGGUACAUGCCGCCAUUAUGCGACCCGGUAGACGGCCACCUCCUAUUGGACGGCGGUUACGUCAACAACUUGCCAGCGGACGUGAUGCGCUCACUCGGCGCCAAGCACAUCCUAGCAGUGGACGUCGGGUCACAAGACGACACGGACCUGACCAACUACGGAGACGACCUGUCCGGCUGGUGGCUGCUGUGGAAGAAAUGGAACCCAUUCACAACUCCAGUGAAGGUCCCCAAUUUGCCCGACAUCCAGAGCAGAUUGGCUUACGUCUCGUGCAACAGACAGCUAGAGGAAGUGAAAACCUCCGACUACUGCGAGUACAUCCGGCCGCCCAUCGACCAGUACAAAACCCUGCAAUUCGGCUCAUUCGACGAGAUCAAAGACGUGGGGUACCGACACGGGGCCGCGUACUUUGAGGGGCAGCGGCGCGGCGGCGGCGGAGGCGUCAGCGACGCGAGCCGGGCCAAGAACAAGCACGCGCAGCCGAGCUUGACCGACUACACAUUCACGGACCUUGCUCAGAUGGUGUGUGCGGUACCCAAGAACAAGGAGGAGGAGUCUCCUUCAUCAUCAGACUACGAGGACGAUGACCAGAGACACUUCGAGGGGUACGCCUCGGAGCCCAGCGCCGGGUGUAUGGAGCUGUCAUCUAGCGUUGAGACGUCGGCGUGGCGCAGCGACUCUGAACUGGACUCCCGGCGCACGCGCCGCGUCGGUGGCUCCCUCUCGCUGUCUGAAGACGAAAUAGACUCGGAAGCGGAAAUGUACGACCCCCUGAACAAGCGCGGCGGCGGCAGGUGAGACCUGGCUCUAUGUCUGCACGACCUGUGCAAGGCCUUGUACGAGUACUCCAGGACCACAGAGCAGAACUGCACCGAAGCAUAGAGUAGCUGUCAAAUUUCAAACCUAGAAUACUGUCAGGCGGGAAAAAAGAAAAACUGUUGUGAAAGUAAGAAAGGAGGUUAGAGUUUUUUGUUGUGAACUUUUUGUGUGUGCAAAUGAUGAGAGGAAAGAUUAGGAGUGGAGAGAUUUGAAGAAUGUGAUAUGUAUGUGUACGAGUACAGUGAUAGUUUUAUAGUGAAAUGUUAACGCGCAGUCGUAUGUUUUGGCACAAUGUUGUAAGUAAUUUUCAGAUUCCAAAGUGCGCUGUGAUGAUUGUUUUUAAGUAUCUAUUGUAUUUGUUUUUAUUUUUAUUUCCUUCAUAUCCAUGUAGUAGGUCUUCCAGUCUUGGAGGAGACUUAUGUCUGCACUGUAAUGUAUUGGUUGCUUCAGAAUCUGUAACAGUGAACUUGACAAUAGUGCAUCAUGUAUAAAAGUAUGUCGAUAAACCAUUGUAUGAACCCCAAAGCAACUAUGCAACAAUUAUUUUAGGAAGCUAUAAUUAUGUAAGUAGAUAUAUCUUACUGUAUCAAGAUUUUUAAUGCGUAAUUUCUGUAUUUUUGUCUACCAUAGAGGCUUAUAAAUAGUACAAUGGCAACACCAAUAUUUAUUGUGAUCAAAGUAUACACAUAAAAUAUUAACCCAUAUUGAAUACAUAUCGCUAAUAGUAUGUGCAUGUCGUUGCUAUUUUAGUAAAGAUUAUGAAUUGUAUUUCUGGUGCCAUCUUUAAAACCAAAUUGUAUUUUUAGUAAUAAAUCUACAUAACCAUAAUUAACGAUUUCAAACGACUGAUGUUGUUUUUUGUAACUAUGUAAGGCCACGUAUUUUUCGUACGUACACAACAUUACAAUACAGAGUGUUGCAAAAAUGGUAUGCUAUUUUUUUUUAAAUUUCCAAAAGAUUUAGUAUAAAAGUGGUCCAGAUUGACACCCUGAGUCACCCCCUUUUGGCUUAGUAUAACACUUUUGCAACACCUUGUAUAGUAUCCACUAGGGAGUAAGAGUGUAACUCACAGCGAAUUUGAAUGGCGCUGCGGUAGAUUUUAAAAGUCAAAUAUUGCACUCUGCUCUGCUUGCUACAUUAUUCAAGCCGAAUGCCGAUGCUGUAUUGUGUCUAAGCACAAAAAUAUAAAUACUAAAAUGUGAUGGACAAUGUACUAAUUUAGUCUAAUGUAAAGUACGUCGUAUUUAGAUUGUAGAUAGCUAAUUAUUGAAAGCCAAAUGUGUAGCUCAAUUAUUGUAAUCAAUACUGACAAAAUGUUUAAUAUGCUCUCGUAAUAAAAAAUUAUACAAUGAA